AGGAGCCCUGCAAAACCGCGGUUUGUCCUCCUGGCUGGCUGGCUGCCUGCAACACAGACACGAGCAAACAUAUUUGUCCUGCAAGUGGACCGCCAUCAGGGCGGGCCAUCGGAUGAGCAGUCAAGUCCGUCUUCGGGCGGACCGCCUCCCGGGAGACCUUUGGUGAGGAACGUGCCGCCCAUCAUGGAGGGCACACAUACCGUUGUGCUUCUGUAUGUGCCCGUCCGUGAGCUCAGCAACACCAGCCUAUAUUCCCCUAAGCGGCCGGUCCCCGGCUUCAAGUACAAGAGCCGCAGCCCUCCUUCAGCCCAGACCGCUAAUGACCGUGACUGUGGAAAGGAGCAAAGAGGCCAGUCUUCCGAGUCCUCGGGCAAACCCUUCGGCUCCCGACGGGCGACGAGGGCGGCCGUUGCGGAGCUCCGCUCGCUGGCUGCCGAGCGCCACCGAUUACUGGCAGACGUCUCAUCCCUGUGCAAGGAUUGUGCCAAUAAAGUCACGAUGGGUAACCGGGAUGGCGACCCAGGAGCUGAGGUCGACUGCAGCAGAAACUUAACAAGUUCGCCACAGCAUACAGCAACAAAGAGUAGAACGAUGAAGAUGAAGGGAGGCAAGAGGCUUGAGUAUUCCCCACACGGUCGGAUGAAGACGGAAAGUUCAAAUGGAACGCCGUCCUUUGAUCUUCCCGCUAGGAAUCGUGCAGCCGCGGUCUCAACAAUGGAGGAGAUUCCAGGUACAGCGUCGUCCGUCCAUGCGUCUCACGGUCCCUUUGUCAAUGCACUCACUAAUCCUCUCCUGCUUAUGGCGGAACCCUUCCAGAUCACACGAGAGCUCUGGGACUUUAAGGAGGACCGCAGGACCUUUGACUCUGAUGUAGAUUUCUGCAAUGGCUUCUCGGAGUGUGACGGCGAGCAAGGUUUUGAGUCGGCCUCUUGCAGCCUGACGGAAGGCCUGAGCCGACGGGAAAGUGGGAGCAACCUCCGGCCUCUCGAGAAGUUUGCAAUAGUCGAGUCCGCUCGGCAGCUGCUUUGUGAAAGCAACCGGGGAGAUAAGGGGCUGCGGUCGGUGGCUAAAGUGCACGACUUAGAGGGCAAAAGGCAACGUGUCAGUCAUACAAGCCCGAAUGGGUCAGGGUCUUCGGACUCCGACACAGGAACCGGCACGUACCCAGAGGAGUACGGACAGGGGAGAGAAUCGAGCGGAGACACACGUGGUGUGGUUAGUCGAGAAAAGCUUGCCGAGGGCCUACGCUUGCCCCUUUCCCGUACCCGUGAACUCCAGAACUUGGCUAACCCUGGCGCCAAAAGCCCCUCUUCACCUUUUCUCGCUGGCGCCUUCAACACAUCCUUCCCUGCCUCCAAAAGUCUCCAGAGCAGGUCACCGAGCCCGAAGCUCAACCGUCGGCUAGCGCUGCUUUCGGACAAUGACGGGGACAGCUCCGGCAACGCAGAUGAGCCCAAAUUCUACGGCCGCGGACGAACGGCCACGCGUCAGGGUUUGAAUCUCAGCCGACGGCCGAGCAACUCCGGAAAGUGGAAUUCUUCCGGCAACUGCGCCGCCACAGAGGACUCCCUCCUGCGUCACGGAGAUAUUUGGAUGCUAGAUGGCGAUGACCCUCAGGAACCCCCGUCCCUUGUUCCCCGCCCGGAUCACCUGGAUUUCCUACGCAUUACACCGCCUGAGGAUGACAUCAUCGGGGAUACACCUUAUUAUCCCAAGCCGGAGUGCACAACGGAGGCCACGUCGCCUGCGGACAGCGAGGACCGGACUCCGGGUCGUCUGCAGGCUGUGUGGCCGCCGCCCAAAUCUAAAGAUGAGGAAGAAAAGGUCGGGCUCAAGUACACGGAGGCAGAGCACCAGGCUGCCCUCCUGCAGCUCAAGAGGGAAUGCAAGGAAGACCUGGAGCAAAUGCACUCCGAUUUUGAGCUUCAGAUCUUCCAACUUCGAGGCGAGCAUGCUGUUUCAAUAGCAAACCUCGAAGGCGUCAUAGCCAAGAUUCAAAGAGACAAGGCCUACAACGUGGCGCGCGGAGAGACCCGAGACGCGGCCGUGUCGACCGCAGAUGACUCGACGACCAAAACUUGCCGCACUGUGGGGAUCCAGACGGACAGAGAGACGUUCAUCAAGAGCCCGGAGGUUGAGGCGGGCGGUCUCGUUCAAGCAGCCGGCCAGAACGUGCCGAAAAAACUCAACUUGGACUCUAUCGGACUCAAUCUGGGGCUUAAAACAGCCUCGGGGCCUGCUGGACCAGCCCCGCCUCCGCCCCCCCUGCCGGGCCCCUCAGGACCACCGCCGCCUCCGCUGCCAGGCAUCACGGGAGCGCCGCCGCCGCCGCCGCCGCCGCCGCCUUUGCUCGCCGGGGGUGGCCCUCCGCCGCCUCCGCUGCCAGGCAUCAUGGGAGCGCCGCCGCCGCCGCCGCCUUUGCUCGCCGGGGGUGGCCCUCCGCCGCCCCCGCCACCUCCCCCUCCUGGUCUACCUGGAGCAGGCCCUCCGCCUCCUCCCCCUCCUCCAGGCAGUAACCCCCCACCACCUCCAUUCACGGGGGGGUUCAGUUUCACUCAGAUGUUGGAAAAGCCCCCUCGGAAGCCCGCUAUUGAACCCACCUGUCCCAUGAAGCCUCUGUACUGGACCCGGAUACAAAUACAUGACGAUAACAACAACACGUUGUGGGGCUCCCUGGAGGAGCCGGGCAUCAUCGAGCCGAAAGAGUUUGAAGAUCUUUUCUGCAAGGCCACGCCUCAGCCGCUGAAGAAACCGUUGUCAGACAACUAUGAGAAGAAAGUCAAAACAAAAAAGAUAAUCAAGCUGCUGGAUGCGAAGCGUUCACAAGCUGUCGGCAUCCUUAUAUCAAGCCUGCAUCUGGAAAUGAAGGACAUUCAGCAAGCUGUUCUUAAUGUGGAUAACUCUGUGGUGGAUUUGGAAACGAUUGAGGCCUUGUAUGAAAAUAGGGCCGGCGCCGAUGAGCUGGACAAGAUCAAGAAACAUUACGAGACUUCCAAAGAGGAUGAGGUCAAACUGCUCGACAAACCUGAACAGUUUCUCUAUGAGCUCUCCCAGAUUCCCAACUUCGCAGGCCGAGCCCACUGCAUCAUCUUCCAGUCGGUUUUCCUUGACACCAUCUCCUCCAUCCGUUGCAAGGUGGAGAUUAUAAAGAGCGUAUGCAAAGAACUGCUGGAGUGCAAAAGUGUGCAUGAGGUAAUGGGUCUUGUUCUGGCCUUUGGGAAUUAUAUGAAUGGAGGGAACAGGACAAGAGGUCAAGCUGACGGCUUUACUCUCGAGAUCCUCCCCAAGUUAAAGGACGUCAAGAGCAGGGACAAUCACAUGAGUCUGGUGGAUUAUGUGGCUUUGUACUACCUGCGAAAUUUUGAUAGCCAUGCUGGUACAGACAAGAGUGUGUACCCUUUGCUGGAACCCCAAGAAUUAUUCCAGGCUGCACAGGUCAAAUUUGAAGAUCUAAUGAAGGACAUCAGGAAGCUGAAGAAAGAUUUGACAGCUUGCGAGCGAGACGUGCAGAAGGUGUGUGCUGACUCGGCAGAGGAACACCUCCAGCCGUUCAAAGAAACGAUGGAAGGAUUUGUCUCUACUGCCCAAGCAGAGCAUUCUACUGAAGAGGACCGCUUCAAUGCUGCACAGAAAAGGUUCCAGGACACGGUGAGCUACUUUGGGGUAAAGCCAAAGUCAGGAGAUCAAGAAGUGGCCCCGAGUCACAUCUUUAUGCUCUGGUACGAGUUCUGCAAUGACUUCAAGAACUCUUGGCUCCGCCAAAGCAAGAACAUCUCCAAGGAGAGGUUGAAGGAAGCUCAAGAGAACAUCAAGAAGAUCACAGAUGAGAAGCGAGUGGAAACGAAGAAGAUCGACGCCAAGAGUCUGAAAGAGAGGCUGCGGCAAAAGGAGUCCAGUGUGCCGUCCAGUUGAGCGACCCAAAGAAUCUGCUGCGAGCGGUGAGAGUCCCAAAGGCCAAAGGCCAAAGGCGGCGCUCAUUCAUCCAGCACGGCGUGACCUCUCGGCGGCCAGCUUGCGAAAGGUCUCAGUGGCUCAGUUCACGUCUCUGC